AUGGCUGCCAUUGAACACUAUUGGGCCAUUAUUGGGGGCCCUCACAGCAGUGCAUUCAUGAUCCAGUGUAAAUUGGAGAAUGAGGCAAGGUGGGUUGCAGGAACACUUCAAGGCAUUGUGAAUUCACUGCCACAUGGGGCAGACCACACCCAAAUACUCACCACAUUUGACAUACCAUCUGUACAAACAUUGCUUGAAGAUGAAGCAGGCUUUUAUGUGAUCAUGAUUGGCUCACCUCCCAGCAUUCAUCACACAGUUGAGAGUGCCAAGCAUGUGGAAGGGUCAUUCAAAUACCCUAUAUGCAGGCACACCCCCUCAUUCUGGCUUGCAUUGGCAUUUGUGAUUGUUAAAGGCAUUCCUCAACACAUGCCACCUUUGGAGAUCAUUGUGGAGGUCCCUGAGAGCCCCAUUGAUACCUUGGGCAAACAGCUCCAUGAUUCACUGCAUAUUUCACCACAGACACCACAAAUAGCCUCAGCAUUUACAUCCCAUGCCUCAUCUUCUGCAACCUCUACCUCUUCCACUAGGCUGGAGACUGCAAUGAGUGACACAGAGCCAUCCCCCAUUAUAUACAGUCAUGUUCACAACCUACAUGGUAUAAUAUCAAGCCACUACUAUCCAACUUCUAUGAUGCCUGUGUGGACAUUAGCAUGCCCACUCAGUACACUAACCUCUCACUAUCUUGCUUCUCAUGGGUAUGGUGCUGAGGAUGUCAAUCUCAUCAUUGAAGUCUACAGAAAUGCACAUACAAGUGAACAGUUCAUCACAUUGCUUGCAAAGCAAGGCAUGGCCAUCAAUGAAGCAAAAUUUUUUCAGGAUCUCAUAGAUCUACAUAAUAGGCAUGAUAUCUAG